UUCCAACAAUGGUUGGUGGAUUUUCCCAGUUCGGCCUUUUUGCGGUUCUGUACGCCACUGAUUAAAAAGGGUCCAAUGACGUGUGUCAUCCGCUGAUGUUGAUGUUGACGGUGGCAUGGCUGUGGGGUUCCUCGACAGUAUAACCUCCUGCAGACGUAAUGGUCUAACACAGAAUACAGUUUUGACACCGUCAUGUCGUCUGAUGUGUUACCACAUCGAUUCUCCUACAGAACAAAAAUAAUUUUUUACAAGUAAUUGGCAUGGGGGUGCCAUGGCUCGCCCAAGUGCGGUUGCUGCACAUGGCGAUUUUAGUUCUAGCGACGGCGUCAUGUCUACUGUACGUGGCAUAUAUAACAUCCCCCCAAUUGACGACAACAGCUUCACCCCUACGUACGUUAGUAUCAUCCGAAAUUCGCGCAUUCCAAGGUAACACGACCCAGGCUGAAGUGGCGAAGAACAUGACCGUGGCGCCGCCUUCCUCGAACAGCGGCGGCUCGUCUGAAGCGCCCCAAUUGCCAGCAGUUCGCACGCUGACAAAUGCGACAAACAGCAGUCAGCCCGACCUAACUCGGGGAGUCGCCGCUGAGAUAAUAUACGAGGCCGGUCAUGUGGACGUCAGUUCGCAGAUCUGCCCCGAGUUAGGCAGAGAUUUAAAGUUGUUGAUUGCGAUAACGUCGGCUCCCAGCCACGAAAGCGCCCGAAUGGCGAUUCGGGAGACUUGGGGCCACUUCGCGAGCAGAAAAGACGUAGCUAUAGCAUUUAUGUUAGGGUCGAUUUCGAACGAGACGGUCAACGCCAACAUAGAGAAGGAGCAAUACUUGUACGGUGAUAUAAUUCGGGGGAAGUUCCGAGACACAUAUGACAAUCUUACUCUUAAAACGAUUUCGAUGUUAGAAUGGGUGGAUAACUACUGUCCAAAAGCAGCUUUUGUACUUAAAACUGACGACGACAUGUUUAUUAACGUCUCCCGGCUGCUGGCUUUCAUUGCAAAGCACAGUCCGGAGCAAAGGACGAUCUAUGGCCGCUUGGCCAAGAAGUGGAAACCGAUCAGAAACAAAAAAUCCAAGUACUACAUCUCGCCUAAUCAGUAUAAACCGGCGGUCUUUCCCGACUUUACCACCGGGCCCGCGUAUCUGCUGCCCGCGCGGCUGUCCAAAGAGCUGUACGUGGCGGCGCUUAAUCACACCUACUUCAAGCUGGAGGAUGUGUUCGUUACCGGAAUCGUGGCCAACAGCUUGAAGAUCAAGCGCGUGCACGCCCCGGAAUUCCUAAACAAAAGAGUCUCUCUAACCCCGUGCAGCGUGCAGAAGGGCAUCAGCAUACACAUGGUCAAAGGUGUGGAGCAGUACGACCUGUGGAAGAAGCUACACGACGUUGCCGCAAAGUGCAAGAAAUAGUGCGUGAUCGAGACAAUUUUUUUUCAAUUGUGUACAUUUUCACAAACAGUAUUUUACUUAAGUUAAAUUAUUGGUGAAUCUCAUCAACUGUACAAUUCUCACAUGAACAUCACAGUUUAUUUGUACUGUAAUUAAUUAUCAAUCAAAAAAAUUUUAAAAUUAUAUAAAUAAAUAAGUUGCAUAAUUAGAACUCAUUUUUAUAUCCCCUGAAUAAACAUUAUUAUUAUUGUAAAUAAAGUUAUCAAGUCGA